AUCAUUGAAGAUGCUGUUAUUGUUCUCGCUGCUUUUGUUUCACAUUACCAGCUAACAAUUGCAAUUUGCCCUUGACCAUCACCACCACAAUGAGCAGCCUUCCAUCCCCAUCCCCCACAGACUCUUUCCCAACGCUGACAUCGCAAACCCAGGCGGAAACGGAGGCCGUUCUGCUCAAACACAUCCCCGAUGGCGUCGAACCCCUCCCAGGACUACAGAAGAACGCACACAUGCAGUUCCUCAUCCGGAAUCUUGUGCAAGGGUUCCCCACGCGAUACACCAGCCAGGAUGCGAGCCAGCCGUGGCUGAUGUUCUGGACUAUACAGGCGUUCAGCGUCUUGCAGGUUGGGUUGGAUCCAGGGAACAAGCAGAGGGCGAUUGAUACUAUAAUGGCGUGGCAGCACCCAGAUGGGGGGUUUGGUGGUGGACCAAAGCAAGCGGCGCAUUUACUGCCUACUUAUGCUGCUGUAUGUUCCCUCGCUAUCGUCGGCCGUCCUGGUCCCGGUGGGGGUUGGGAUCAAAUCGAUCGAGAGAAGUUGUACAAGUUUUUCAUGUCUCUGAAGCAGAAAGACGGGUCAUUCUUGGUAUCACAUCACGCAGAAGUCGACGUUCGUGGUAUCUACUGCCUCCUUGUGGUGGCCUCCCUCCUCGACCUUAUCACUCCCGAACUUGUAGCGGGAACAGCCGAGUUCAUAUCCUCAUGCCAAACCUACGAAGGUGGCUUCGCCUCCGCCUCGCAUCCAUCAUACACCCUCAAGGAUGAGCUCCUCUCAUCUCCACGUCCCCCACUGGGUGAAGCCCAUGGAGGGUACACAUUCUGUGCUCUGGCGUCCUGGGUUCUUCUCCAGCCCUACAUCGUGGAUCAACCCACGAAACCAACGAUAAAUACCAAGAACCUCUUGCGCUGGCUCGUCCAGAUGCAAGGGACCGAGAUUGAGCUGGGCGGCUUUAGAGGACGGACGAACAAACUCGUUGAUGGAUGUUACUCUUGGUGGUGUGGAGGUGCAUUCGCACUUCUGGAGGCUUUGGGUGUUGGGGGGAUCCAGAACGCAGAUUCUGAAGAAGUUCCGAUUGACGAUCCUGAUGAUCCAUGGAAUGAUAUUGAUGAUGGGCUUUACAAUGAGAAAGCAUUGCAAGAGUACAUCUUGUACGCUGGUCAACAUCCUGCAGGGGGUCUGCGAGAUAAACCACCCAAGAAUGCUGACGCAUACCAUACCCUGUACUGUCUGUCCGGCCUUUCCUCGGCACAACAUCAUGUAUUCCCCUCCACAGCUCGACGACAAAAAGUCGAAUCCGCUUGGGAAGCCUCUCCAGGUACUCCCUUCCUUCCUUCUACGGUUCACGCAGUUAACCGUUGCUUAGACACACCCAACGAAGCCCUCCGUAAACGUGUCUUCACGUCUAUCCUGUCAUGGACAGAAGACGAAAGCACCAGUCCCUCCAGGAUUGUCGGAGGUCACGCGAACAGACUGAACGCCACGCAUCCGAUCACGAACUUGACAAUGACCCAUACGGAGGCGAUAGCUGCCCACUUUUAUAGGCAAAAA